AUGGGUUCUCAAUUCAAGGUCGGAGCUGAUUCCGGCUUAUUCGAGCCACUAACCAUUGCGGGCGGCAAAAUCACUCUCCAACACCGCAUCAUCCAUGCUCCCAUGAGCAGAAACCGCGGUACACCCCUUCAUGCCACUUCCACAGCUGAGAAUCCAAACCGUGACUGGAUUGCCAAUGACCUUAUUGCCGAGUACUAUGCUCAGCGAGCAACAAAGGGUGGACUGCUCAUCACAGAAGCAACUCCGCCUUCAUCCGAGGCCAACGGUCUGCCCGGUGCUCCAGGGCUCUUUCUAGAAGAGCAAGUAGAGAGUUGGAAGAAAGUUGUCGACGCAGUCCAUGCCAAAGGCGCUUAUAUAUAUGCACAAGUCUGGCACGCCGGUCGUGUCACUCUUCCACAGAUCACCGGUACUGCAACAGUUGCGCCGUCAAGUAUCCCUUUUGACGACCCAAACGAGUGCUAUGCAUAUCCUCCGCCGCACUCGACGACGCCAGUCAAGCUGAGUGAGCACCCGCCCAUCGAAUUGACGGUCGACCACAUCAAGCAGACGAUUCGAGAUCACUGCACUGCUGCGAAAGCAGCUAUGGAUGUUGGCUUUGACGGUAUAGAGAUCCAUGGAGCAAACGGUUAUCUGCCAGAGCAGUUCCUGAGCUCCAACAUCAACAAACGGACAGACGAGUAUGGAGGCACGCCAGAGAAGCGCUGCAGAUUUGUGCUUGAGCUGAUGGACGAGCUGGCCAAAACCGUGGGAGAAGAAAACUUGGCUAUUCGACUGAGUCCCUUUGGCGUUUUUAACCAGGCUCGUAGCGAGCAGCGCAUUGAGACUUGGGGCCACCUCUCCCGGGAACUCAAGAGCCGUCACCCCAAGCUGUCGUAUGUGAGCUUCAUCGAGCCAAGAUACGAGCAAAUCUUCUCCGAGGCCGAAAAGGCAAGGUUUCUCAAGUCAUGGGGUCUCCCCCACGUCGACUUGUCUGUCUUCCGCGAGAUUUGGGGAGACACGCCAUUCUUCUCUGCCGGUGGAUUCGACGACACGAACUCGUGGGGAGUCAUCGAGAGUGGCAAAUACGACGCUUUGCUGUAUGGGCGGUAUUUUGUUAGCAAUCCAGACUUGGUGGAGAGACUGCGGAAUGGCUGGCCACUGGCAAAGUACAAUCGGUCUCGCUUCUACGGGCCGGUUGAGGACCCGAUUGUCGGAUACACUGAUUAUCCGGCAUAUGGGGGUUGA